AUGUCUAAAAUAAUCGUUUUAAAAUGCGUCGGUCACAAUCCCAAGGAUUUCGAGCUGGAUAAAGUGGUGGCAGUGCAAUUCGGGUUGAUCAAGGAUCUGUUCCACGGUGACUUCGAUGCCGAAAGCAAGAUAGUAGUCGACGUUCCGGUGAAAUUCAACAGCUACAUCAUCGGACGGAUAAUAGAAUUCUGCAGGAACCGAGCAAGCUGGUCAAGCGACAGGGCGUACUGGGAGCAAGAUUUCUUCCAUCCAUGCAGAGAACCAAACCAAAGGAAGCGAAAGGAGCUUAUCGCAAUAAUGGAGGCGUCUGAAUACCUGUGUAUGGAAUCGCUCGUGGAACUCACCACCCAGUCACUGGCAAAUUAUCUCAAAGGCAAGUCUCCCCUCACCAUUCGAUCUUUGUGGAAGGUGGAAGGCGACCUCACUGCUGAGGAGGAAGCUAAGGCGUUGGCGAUGGGCGUGGCGAAAUUAGGACAUUAAGUCCAUUGAUGCUCUACAAAAUCUUAUGUGAUUACUCAAGUCUCAAGAAAUUUGUCCAAGUGUCGUUUGUUUGAAGUCAAAAAUAAAGAUGUAGUAGGAAGUCGUUGCUGGUCUUUUAUAAAUAAUCAUGUUCUGAUCACUGAAGUCCUAUUAUAAUUGCGCUAUGUUUCAU